AUGACUUCCCGUGUCACAGUUCAACAAUUUGAGAAAGCCAAGUCUAUGCUUUUAUAUGCUCCUGCUCCUGAAUACUUAUGGGGUGAAGCUGUCAAGUCUGCUAAUUAUAUUAGGAACCGUCUUCCUAGUCGUACCACUGGUGGUGUUGCACCUCUUCAACUUUGGACUGGUAAACCUCCUAGUUAUCAUCAUAUGAAAGUAUUUGGUUGUCAAGCUACAGUUGUUCUUCCUGGUGCUAAAAGAGAAUCUAAGUUAAGUUCAAAUACUGAAGCUGGUGUUUUUGUUGGGUAUUCUUUGGAUCGUACAGCUUAUCGAGUUCUUCUUGAUUCAAGCAUUGUUGAAGCCAGGAGUGUUUACUUUGAUGAGUCCAAAUUUCCAUUCAUGAAAAGUGAUAAAGACUUGUCUAUUAAUGGUACUGGUGUUGGGUUUAGUGUUGGUUCUGGUUCAGGGUCCAUGUCAGGACCUUGUUUUGAUUCUAAGGGGACUGGUUUAGGAUCUAAUGUUAGGGUUAAUUCUAUUGCUAGUUCUGAUUCAAGUUCUGGUUCUAGUUUUGGGUCUCAUAGAUCUUUACCAGCAUCCUCAUCUGGUUCUGGUUCUGGUUCUGGUUCUGGUUCUGGUUCUAUUUGUGCUUUACCGUCUCCGUCUCUGUCUUCUUCUCCGUCUCAUUCUCCGUCGGCGCCUCCUUCUUCUUCUUCUUCUUCUAUUAUUGUUCAUAAGCCUCGUUCUGUUCGUCGCAUUUUGUCUACACCUUCUGCUCCUCUUGAGUCUCCUACUCUUCCUACUCUUCCUUCUAUUUCUUUAGUUCCAUCUCUUCCUAGUUCUCCUAUUCUUCCACCUUCAGAUCAUGAUGUCUCUAUAUCUUCUGACUCUAGUCCUAUUGUUUCUUCUUCGGAAUAUAUUCCUUCACAAUUAGACUUAUCUGAAGCUGGGAUUAAUGAAUCUGAUAUUUCAGGUGAUUCUGGGAUCUCGCAACGAGGGGGUGAUAUUGGGUUUCAACCGUCUAUCAUUGCUUCGUCUCCCACUCCACCACCUUCUGUUGAAUUGGAAGUAGUGCCACUUAGUCAAGAAUCUCCUUCGUCUGAUCUAGUUAAUUCUCUUGACCAAGCUGGUGUUAGUGUUGUCACUAAGGAUGAUACUCAAGCUGUUUUGCCUAAAUCUCGAUCUCGUGUUGUUGCUGUUCGUUUACCUUCUAUAACUCCUGCCAAACGCCCGAGUUCUGAUGACAUUGUUUCACCUCCUUCUAAACACCUUUGUGAAAAUUCUUUGAAACAAUCUCCAAUGUCUGCAACACCUGCAAAACGUCCAGCUGAAGAAGAGUGUAUUUCUUAUCGUCGUCUCAAAUCUCUCCGCUUUGAGUAUGAUGAUGUGGCUUUUACUUGUUUUACAGAUCCUAGUAGUUUUGAAGAAGCUAUGUCUAGUGAAGAAGCUGAGUUUUGGCUUGAAGCCUGUGUUAUUGAAAUGUCGUCUCUUAAACGCAAUGGUACUUGGGAAUUGGUUGAUCUCCCACCUGGUCGCAAGGCUAUCAAUAGCAAAUGGGUGUUUAAAGUUAAGCGCAAAGCUGACGGUUCAAUUGAACGUUACAAAGCUCGUCUCGUGUGUAUUGGAUUUUCGCAAGUUGAAGGUAUUGAUUAUACUGAAACUUUUGCUCCUGUUGUACGUUACGAGACUGUGAGGAUUGUUCUUGCUAUUGCUGCUCAGUUUGGGUUCCAGGUUCAUCAUAUGGAUGUCGAGACUGCAUUUCUUAAUGGUGAUCUCAAAGAAGAUAUUUAUAUGAGACAACCUAAAGGCUUUGUUGUCAAAGGUCAGGAAUCUAAAGUGUGUCAUUUGAAGAAGUCUUUAUAUGGUUUAAAGCAAGCUCCUUUGUGUUGGAAUGAGAAGAUUCAUGGUGCUCUUGUCAAACUUGGGUUUAUUCGUAAUGAAAGUGACUACGGCGUGUAUACCAAAGGAUCUGGGUCUACCAUGGUCAUUAUUGCACUGUAUGUUGAUGAUUUACUUAUUUCUGGCAAUUCUUCUGAAGUCAUUGCCAAAACCAAGUCUUCUUUGUCAUCUAUGUUUAAGAUGAAAGACUUGGGCCCAGUCGAGCAGUUCCUUGGCAUGAGAGUUAAGCAGUCACCGUACCAUAUUACUGUGGAUGUUUCACGUUAUAUUUUUGAUAUGUUGGAAGAGUUUGGUAUGCAGAACUGUUCAAGUGUCAAGACUCCUUUACCCACUCGUGAUCUUUCUGAUUUUUCCGCGUCUGACUCUGCUACCGAUGCCUCCAUGUAUCGCAGUAUUAUUGGUAAGCUGAUUUAUGCUGCUAAUUGUGCUCGUCCUGAUCUUGCUGUUGCUGUUAGCUUUCUUUGUCGAUAUAUGCAGAGUCCGAAGUCUAUUCAUAUGGAAGCUGCUAAGCAUACUCUUCGUUAUCUUAAGGGUACUGCUGAACUUGGUCUUGAAUAUCGAGCUCAGAAAGUCUACAAGCUUGUUGGCUAUAGUGAUGCCGAUUAUGCACAGGACAAACAGGACCGUAAGUCCUUUACUGGUCCUGCAUCGUCCAGCGUCGAGUCUGAGUACAUGUCAUUGUCUGAUGCGUCUAAGGAAUGCUUCUGGAUUAAUCAGUUGUUGUCCCUUUGCAAGAUUCCUGUUCCGUUGCCAGUGACUAUGUUUGAGGACAAUCAGGGAUGUAUUGCAUUGGCUCAGAACCCAGUGUUUCAUCGUCGCACCAAGCAUAUUGAUGUUCGUUAUCAUGUUGUGCGUCACUAUAUUUGCAGUGGAGUGAUUCAUCUGGAGUAUCUUGAUACUCAAGUGAUGUUGGCAGAUAUGUUCACUAAGAAUCUUGGUCGUGUGAAGUUUGAGACAUUGAGGGGACUACUUGGUAUGAAGGCAGUAGGUGAUUCUGCGACAAGGGGAGGUGUUGAGCAUGCAAUGUUGUCGCAGACUAGUGCAGUUGAUAAUGCACCUUAUCGAGUUCUUCUUGAUUCAAGCAUUGUUGAAGCCAGGAGUGUUUACUUUGAUGAGUCCAAGUUUCCAUUUAUGAAAAGUGAUAAGGACUUGUCUAUUAAUGGUACUGGUGUUGGGUUUAGUGUUGGUUCUGGUUCAGGGUCCAUGUCAGGGCCUUGUUUUGAUUCUAAGGGGUCUGGUUUAGGAUCUAAUGUUAGGGUUAAUUCUAUUGCUAGUUCUGAUUCAAGUUCUGGUUCUAGUUUUGGGUCUCAUAGAUCUUUACCAGCAUCCUCAUCUGGUUCUGGUUCUGGUUCUAUUUGUGCUUUACCGUCUCCGUCUCCGUCUUCUUCUCCGUCUCAUUCUCCGUCGCCACCUCCUCCUUCUUCUUCUUCUAUUAUUGUUCAUAAGCCUCGUUCUGUUCGUCGCAUUUUGUCUACACCUUCUGCUCCUCUUGAGUCUCCUACUCUUCCUACUCUUCCUUCUAUUCCUUCUGUUCCAUCUCUUCCUAGUUCUCCUAUUCUUCCACCUUCAGAUCAUGAUGUCUCUAUCUCUCCUGACUCAAGUCCUAUUGUUUCUCCUUCGGAAUAUAUUCCUUCACAAUUAGACUUAUCUGAAGCUGGUCCAUCUAUUAAUGAAUCUGAUAUUUCAGGUGAUUCUGGGAUCUCGCAACGAGAGGGUGAUAUUGGGUUUCAACCGUCUAUCAUUGCUUCGUCUCCCAUUCCACCACCUUCUGUUGAAUUGGAAGUAGUGCCACUUAGUCAAGAAUCUCCUUCGUCUGAUCUUGUUAAUUCUCUUGACCAAGCUGGUGUUAGUGUUGUCACUAAGGAUGAUACUCAAGCUGUUUUGCCUAAAUCUCGAUCUCGUGUUGUUGCUGUUCGUUUACCUUCUAUAACUCCUGCCAAACGCCCGAGUUCUGAUGACAUUGUUUCACCUCCUUCUAAACAUCUUUGUGAAAAUUCUUUGAAACAAUCUCCAGUGUCUGCAACACCUGCAAAACGUCCAGCUGAAGAAGAAUGUAUUUCUUAUCGUCGUCUCAAAUCUCUCCGCUUUGAGUAUGAUGAUGUGGCUUUACUUGUUUUUACAGAUCCUAGUAGUUUUGAAGAAGCUAUGUCUAGUGAAGAAGCUGAGUUUUGGCUUGAAGCCUGUGUUAUUGAAAUGUCGUCUCUUAAACGCAAUGGUACUUGGGAAUUGGUUGAUCUCCCACCUGGUCGCAAGGCUAUCAAUAGCAAAUGGGUGUUUAAAGUUAAGCGCAAAGCUGACGGUUCAAUUGAACGUUACAAAGCUCGUCUCGUGUGUAUUGGAUUUUCGCAAGUUGAAGGUAUUGAUUAUACUGAAACUUUUGCUCCCGUUGUUCGUUACGAGACUGUGAGGAUUGUUCUUGCUAUUGCUGCUCAGUUUGGGUUCCAGGUUCAUCAUAUGGAUGUCGAGACUGCAUUUCUUAAUGGUGAUCUCAAAGAAGAUAUUUAUAUGAGACAACCUAAAGGCUUUGUUGUCAAAGGUCAGGAAUCUAAAGUGUGUCAUUUGAAGAAGUCUUUAUAUGGUUUAAAGCAAGCUCCUUUGUGUUGGAAUGAGAAGAUUCAUGGUGCUCUUGUCAAACUUGGGUUUAUUCGUAAUGAAAGUGACUACGGCGUGUAUACCAAAGGAUCUGGGUCUACCAUGGUCAUUAUUGCACUGUAUGUUGAUGAUUUACUUAUUUCUGGCAAUUCUUCUGAAGUCAUUGCCAAAACCAAGUCUUCUUUGUCAUCUAUGUUUAAGAUGAAAGACUUGGGCCCAGUCGAGCAGUUCCUUGGCAUGAGAGUUAAGCAGUCACCUUACCAUAUUACUGUGGAUGUUUCACGUUAUAUUUUUGACAUGUUGGAGGAGUUUGGUAUGCAGAAUUGUUCAAGUGUCAAGACUCCUUUACCCACUCGUGAUCUUUCUGAUUUUUCCGAGUCUGACUCUGCUACCGAUGCCUCCAUGUAUCGCAGUAUUAUUGGUAAGCUGAUUUAUGCUGCUAAUUGUGCUCGUCCUGAUCUUGCUGUUGCUGUUAGCUUUCUUUGUCGAUAUAUGCAGAGUCCGAAGUCUAUUCAUAUGGAAGCUGCUAAGCAUACUCUUCGUUAUCUUAAGGGUACUGCUGAACUUGGUCUUGAAUAUCGAGCUCAGAAAGUCUACAAGCUUGUUGGCUAUAGUGAUGCCGAUUAUGCACAGGACAAACAGGACCGUAAGUCCUUUACUGGGUAUGUUUUUAUUCUGUCUGGUGGUCCCAUUACUUGGGCUUGUCGAAAGCAAGUUAGUCCUGCAUCGUCCAGCGUCGAGUCUGAGUACAUGUCAUUGUCUGAUGCGUCUAAGGAAUGCUUCUGGAUUAAUCAGUUGUUGUCCCUUUGCAAGAUUCCUGUUCCGUUGCCAGUGACUAUGUUUGAGGACAAUCAGGGAUGUAUUGCAUUGGCUCAGAACCCAGUGUUUCAUCGUCGCACCAAGCAUAUUGAUGUUCGUUAUCAUGUUGUGCGUCACUAUAUUUGCAGUGGAGUGAUUCAUCUGGAGUAUCUUGAUACUCAAGUGAUGUUGGCAGAUAUGUUCACUAAGAAUCUUGGUCGUGUGAAGUUUGAGACAUUGAGGGGACUACUUGGUAUGAAGGCAGUAGGUGAUUCUGCGACAAGGGGAGGUGUUGAGCAUGCAAUGUUGUCGCAGACUAGUGCAGUUGAUAAUGCACCUGGUGUUAGUGUUGUCACUAAGGAUGAUACUCAAGCUGUUUUGCCUAAAUCUCGAUCUCGUGUUGUUGCUGUUCGUUUACCUUCUAUAACUCCUGCCAAACGCCCGAGUUCUGAUGACAUUGUUUCACCUCCUUCUAAACACCUUUGUGAAAAUUCUUUGAAACAAUCUCCAGUGUCUGCAACACCUGCAAAACGUCCAGCUGAAGAAGAGUGUAUUUCUUAUCGUCGUCUCAAAUCUCUCCGCUUUGAGUAUGAUGAUGUGGCUUUACUUGUUUUUACAGAUCCUAGUAGUUUUGAAGAAGCUAUGUCUAGUGAAGAAGCUGAGUUUUGGCUUGAAGCCUGUGUUAUUGAAAUGUCGUCUCUUAAACGCAAUGGUACUUGGGAAUUGGUUGAUCUCCCACCUGGUCGCAAGGCUAUCAAUAGCAAAUGGGUGUUUAAAGUUAAGCGCAAAGCUGACGGUUCAAUUGAACGUUACAAAGCUCGUCUCGUGUGUAUUGGAUUUUCGCAAGUUGAAGGUAUUGAUUAUACUGAAACUUUUGCUCCCGUUGUUCGUUACGAGACUGUGAGGAUUGUUCUUGCUAUUGCUGCUCAGUUUGGGUUCCAGGUUCAUCAUAUGGAUGUCGAGACUGCAUUUCUUAAUGGUGAUCUCAAAGAAGAUAUUUAUAUGAGACAACCUAAAGGCUUUGUUGUCAAAGGUCAGGAAUCUAAAGUGUGUCAUUUGAAGAAGUCUUUAUAUGGUUUAAAGCAAGCUCCUUUGUGUUGGAAUGAGAAGAUUCAUGGUGCUCUUGUCAAACUUGGGUUUAUUCGUAAUGAAAGUGACUACGGUGUGUAUACCAAAGGAUCUGGGUCUACCAUGGUUAUUAUUGCACUGUAUGUUGAUGAUUUACUUAUUUCUGGCAAUUCUUCUGAGGUCAUUGCCAAAACCAAGUCUUCUUUGUCAUCUAUGUUUAAGAUGAAAGACUUGGGCCCAGUCGAGCAGUUCCUUGGCAUGAGAGUUAAGCAGUCACCGUACCAUAUUACUGUGGAUGUUUCACGUUAUAUUUUUGAUAUGUUGGAAGAGUUUGGUAUGCAGAACUGUUCAAGUGUCAAGACUCCUUUACCCACUCGUGAUCUUUCUGAUUUUUCCGAGUCUGACUCUGCUACCGAUGCCUCCAUGUAUCGCAGUAUUAUUGGUAAGCUGAUUUAUGCUGCUAAUUGUGCUCGUCCUGAUCUUGCUGUUGCUGUUAGCUUUCUUUGUCGAUAUAUGCAGAGUCCGAAGUCUAUUCAUAUGGAAGCUGCUAAGCAUACUCUUCGUUAUCUUAAGGGUACUGCUGAACUUGGUCUUGAAUAUCGAGCUCAGAAAGUCUACAAGCUUGUUGGCUAUAGUGAUGCCGAUUAUGCACAGGACAAACAGGACCGUAAGUCCUUUACUGGGUAUGUUUUCAUUCUGUCUGGUGGUCCCAUUACUUGGGCUUGUCGAAAGCAAGUUAGUCCUGCAUCGUCCAGCGUCGAGUCUGAGUAUAUGUCAUUGUCUGAUGCGUCUAAGGAAUGCUUCUGGAUUAAUCAGUUGUUGUCCCUUUGCAAGAUUCCUGUUCCGUUGCCAGUGACUAUGUUUGAGGACAAUCAGGGAUGUAUUGCAUUGGCUCAGAACCCAGUGUUUCAUCGUCGCACCAAGCAUAUUGAUGUUCGUUAUCAUGUUGUGCGUCACUAUAUUCGCAGUGGAGUGAUUCAUCUGGAGUAUCUUGAUACUCAAGUGAUGUUGGCAGAUAUGUUCACUAAGAAUCUUGGUCGUGUGAAGUUUGAGACAUUGAGGGGACUACUUGGUAUGAAGGCAGUAGGUGAUUCUGCGACAAGGGGAGGUGUUGAGCAUGCAAUGUUGUCGCAGACUAGUGCAGUUGAUAAUGCACGUGAGUUUGGGUGGGAAACUAUGGUUGACAAUCUAUGUUUAUUUUAG